AUGGCGCUCAAACCCUAUCUGACCGCUGUGAAAAACACGCUGCAUGCAGCGCUUUGUAUACAGAAUUUCCCAUCCCAAGCGGUCGAAAAGCACAACAAACCAGAAGUCGAGGUGAAGACGAGCAAAGAAUUGCUGCUUCAUCCGGUCAUUAUAAGUCGCAAUGAGAAAGAACGCGUGCUUAUUGAGGGCUCAGUCAAUUCUGUGCGAAUCAGUAUAGCUAUUAAACAAUCGGACGAAAUUGAGAAGCUGCUUUGCGGAAAGUUUACUCGAUUCAUGAUGAUGCGCGCGGAGGAUUUUGUAAUUCUACGCAGAAAACCGGUGCCUGGCUACGAUAUCAGUUUUCUUAUCACCAACUUUCACACGGAACAAAUGUUCAAAUCGAAACUGGUGGAUUUCAUCAUCACGUUCAUGAACGAGAUUGACAAGGAGAUUUCUGAAAUGCGGUUGGCUGUGAAUUCCAGAGCUCGUCAGUGUGCUGAAGAGUAUCUCAAGGCCUUCGAAUGA